AUGCCCUCGUCGAUGCCGCACUCCCAGUCGCAGCACCAGAAUUACACCUCUUAUCCUUACCGGUCGUCUUUGUCUCACCAGAGAAAUCUCACAGCAGUAGCAGCAGGAUUGCGCUCGGUAUUGAGCUCGGGCUCACACUCUGCCUCGGUCAUAGUAAAGAACCAGCCCACAGUGAUCGACAAAGCGUCCGAGAGCAGCGGAGGGACUUCCGAUGAACACAAUGGAGGCAAUCAGCGGGAAGUUGGAGGCGUCACCGCCGAGAGAGACCUGUACUAUAUGCCAAUGCCGAUGGGUCCGGGCAUAAUCGGUAACGAAGAUGGGACCAAUUCUCUGAUGGCGAAAACAAGAUCAGGCGCACGGGGUACGAAGCGCCGUUCCUUGGACAACGACCAAAUCGACGGCGAUACUUCCCGGAAACAUAGCAAGCGGCUCACGACCAAGGAGGAGGUUGCGCUCUUUGACAUUUGCAACCGCCACGCGGAGAAUUUCGGGAGUCGCAGCAAUCUGUGCAAUUGGUGGAGAACUGUCGCUGCAGCGUUCACACGCGCGCUUGGUCGCCCCUACUCGUGGCAUUCGGUGCGCCGCAAGGUGGAGCUGGUUACAAAACAGCGCAUCAAGAGCUUGGAAGACCAGCAGCAACGAAGUCAGGCUUUGCCAGGCUCUGUUCCUGUAGAGGAACUCAUGAAUCCACAAUGGCGUGCGGCCAUUGAUCAAUGGAUCCCGACCUGGCAGCGCUGGGAGCAGGCUGAGGCUCGACGCAUUGAAAAGCGCGAUGCUGUCCGGAAGCGCCGAAAAUCUCAGCCCAUCGAACAGUCGUCUCCACAGACUGCAGAUCCAGCUAGUUGGCGUAUUCCGGCUUCCAAUCGGGUCUCGGUGCUCACCAGUCCUGGGAUGGACGUCGACGGCGGGGAUUCCUUUCAUGAUGAGGACGCAGAUCCGGUUGGUGACGCUGUCCUAGGGACAACUCCAACUCCUGCUUCUGCUCCAGCCUCGGCUGUCACUGCGCCUUCGCUCGAAUCUCCUUCAAUUUCAGCCCCUGCAGGACUCAGAUUGCCCCCGGGGUUUGAAUCGAUGUUCUCCAACGCAAGCCCGACACCAACUGCACCGUCCGUCCCUGUCUCCACCACGCCAGGACCAUCUUCAGAUAGCAGCAUGGUGACCACUGUCCUUGAGACUCUCGGGAAACUCAACAAGCACCUGGAUGCGGCGUCUGGGCCCGAUGGAUCAGACCCACGAUGCUCACCGGUUAUCUCUGGUCUGGUUCAAGCUGCCUCAGGGCACAACAUCCAGAGUCGUUUUCCCCCUCAACAACAGCCACAACCCCAAAGGCAUUCUCCUUCGUAUACUCCAUCAUCAGUUGAUAUCGACCAUCUGAAAGAAGAGCUUCGGCAGGAAGUGCAGGCUGAAGUUCGGCGUGAGCUGGACCGGGACCGAGCGGCACUAGAAGAGAGGCUUGAUUCUGUGCAACGGACCCAGGAGAUGAUCCUGGAAAUGUUGAGACAAGAACCUGUCUGA